UCCGUGAACUUAUGAACAGCGGUUUUCCGUUCCAACGUUCACCGUUAUUCUCUCUCUCCUCUUCUUAGUGGCGCUGCCAUGCGUGUUUCUGUUACUCUUUGAGACGUUCCAAUUCUUUCUCUCUCACUCUCACGGAGGAAUAAUGUCUCCAAUGCCACUCACACCCACUUGGUAGUAGUAUUUCACUAUUUUCUUUUCCACUCACAUUCUCCAUUCUCUGUUACUCACUCUUUCAUUUUGCAUUCCUGGCUACUUUUAGCUUUGCUAACUUGACAGCACCAUACCCAUUAUUCCUUCCCAACGCAUAACUACGCAGCUGCACAAGGUUAAACUUAAAGGCUGUUUUGUUUUGUUUCUUUUACGGGACAAAGAGGACAUUCUUUCUUUCAUCAGAUCUGCAAAGGAAAAGAAAAAAAAAUGUCUUAGAUAGCCAAGUGAGUUUCAACUUUGCUUAUCUUCCGAUAUAUUUUGAAUUUUCUCGAUUCUGCCAUCUCCUCUGAAAAGUUGCUACCGAAUAAAGAGCUAAAAGAUGCACCAUAUCUGCUACAAGUUGAACACACACGCUACUUUUUUAUUAAAAAAAAAAAAAGAAAAUUGAAUAUACUAGUAUUAUUUUGCUUUUUUUUAAAAAAAAAAAAAAACUUAAAAAACACAGCCUGCGAGCUCAUUCUUUUAUGCACAAGUUUCUCAGUGUCCGCUUCUACUUUCUUAGACAAUAUUCUAGGAAUCAGAUUUCCUUUUCCAGUUUCCACACUUUUUUUUUUAUUAUUUUUCAUUCUCUUUUUCGGUUUUCCCCUUUGUCUCAAGAGGGAGGGAACUUGUGUCUUUUUUGUUUAAACUAACUAACAAACUUGUGGUGAUUCAUUUAAGUCUAUGCAGAAUUAGUCUUGUGUUGCAGUGUGAAAAAGGGUAGAAGAGCAGAAGAAACACCUCGUUCCUUGCUGCUGUUUGGAACUGGAAGGAAAAAUUGUGAAAUGGAAUUUCUACCCAUUUUGUCUUCCAUUUCCCUUUUGUUGUGUUUGGUUUUGUGGCAAGGAAGUGGUGAACCUGUUGAAGAUAAGGAGGCUUUGCUUGACUUUGUGAACAAGUUCCCUCCUUCAAGGCCUUUGAAUUGGAAUGAGAGUUCCCCCUUGUGUGAUUCUUGGACUGGAGUGACUUGCAAUGUAGACAAGUCCAAAGUAAUAGCAAUUAGGUUGCCAGGGGUUGGAUUUCAUGGCAGUAUUCCACCUGAUACUAUUAGCCGCCUCUCGGCACUGCAAACUUUGAGCCUCAGAUCCAAUGUAAUAACUGGCCAUUUUCCUUCUGAUUUUUUCAAUCUCAAGAACUUGUCUUUUCUCUAUCUUCAGUUCAACAAUAUUUCUGGUCCUUUGCCUGACUUCUCAGCCUGGAAGAACCUCACUGUUGUCAAUUUGUCCGAUAACCAUUUCAAUGGCACCAUCCCUUCCUCCCUUAGCAAAUUGACUCAGCUUGCUGGUUUGAACCUUGCAAACAACACCCUUUCUGGAGAAAUUCCUGACCUCAACCUGUCAAGACUGCAGGUGCUGAAUUUGUCCAACAACAACUUGCAGGGCAGUGUUCCUAAAUCCCUGCUAAGGUUUUCUGAGUCUGCAUUCUCUGGGAAUAACAUUUCCUUUGGAAGUUUUCCCACGGUUUCUCCGGCGCCUCAACCAGCUUAUGAGCCGUCUUUCAAGUCCAGGAAGCAUGGAAGGCUCAGCGAAGCGGCGCUGCUGGGAGUUAUUGUUGCUGCUGGUGUUUUAGUCCUCGUGUGUUUUGUUUCUUUGAUGUUUGUGUGCUGCUCAAGAAGAGGUGAUGAGGAUGAGGAAACAUUCAGUGGAAAGUUGCACAAGGGAGAAAUGUCUCCUGAGAAAGCAGUUUCAAGGAACCAGGAUGCAAAUAAUAAACUGGUUUUCUUUGAGGGAUGUAAUUAUGCCUUUGAUUUAGAGGAUUUAUUGAGGGCUUCUGCUGAGGUUCUGGGAAAGGGAACGUUUGGAACUGCCUACAAGGCAAUACUUGAGGAUGCAACCACGGUUGUUGUGAAGAGGCUGAAGGAGGUAGCCGUUGGAAAGAAGGAUUUUGAGCAGCACAUGGAGAUUGUAGGAAGUCUUAAGCAUGAGAAUGUGGUUGAGCUCAAGGCAUAUUAUUAUUCCAAAGAUGAAAAACUCAUGGUAUAUGAUUACCACAGUCAGGGGAGCAUCUCUUCCAUGUUGCAUGGCAAAAGAGGAGAGGAUAGGGUGCCUUUAGAUUGGGAUACUCGGCUGAAAAUAGCCUUAGGUGCUGCAAGAGGCAUUGCUCGUAUCCAUGUUGAGAAUGGUGGCAAGCUUGUGCAUGGCAACAUAAAAUGCUCGAACAUCUUCCUCAAUUCCAAACAGUAUGGCUGUGUGUCUGACCUUGGCCUGGCAACCAUAUCAAGCUCACUUGCCUUACCAAUAUCACGAGCAGCCGGUUACCGUGCACCCGAAGUUACAGACACCAGAAAGGCAGCACAGCCCUCAGAUGUUUACAGCUUUGGUGUAGUGUUGCUAGAGCUUCUGACUGGGAAAUCCCCUAUCCACACAACUGGUGGUGAUGAGAUUAUCCACCUUGUGAGGUGGGUUCAUUCGGUUGUGCGCGAGGAGUGGACAGCUGAAGUGUUUGACUUGGAGCUGAUGAGAUAUCCUAACAUAGAAGAAGAGAUGGUGGAAAUGUUGCAGAUAGCCAUGUCAUGUGUGGUUAGGAUGCCUGAUCAGAGGCCUAAGAUGUCUGAAGUUGUGAAGAUGAUUGAAAAUGUGAGGCAGACUGAUGCACAGACUCACUCAUCAUCUGGGAACCAAGCAGAACAACUUAAAUUUUCUCAACGUGACAAUGGUAACUCUCCUUCCACUCCCUCCUACUUCCAGAGAGGAAGUGAAUGAAAGAACCUUUGUUUGUGAUUUGAGUGCAUCUUGUCAAUGUUUAACUCCAAGUUCUGAACAAGAGCGUGGUUAUUAUUAUUAUCAUUAUUAUUUUUUCUCAUAUUUAAGUUGCCUGAGUUAUUUAAAUACUAUUAACUAGUGGGCUAGUAUUUGAUUUGACCCUGCCCAAAAGGAAGCGCCAUGCGCUGCCGUACAGCAAUCUAAGUGGUUAUAACUUAUAAUGUGAAGCAUUUCUUUUGUGUGUAAACUGUGCAGUCUUUACCAAGAAGGUGCACCUGUUUGUUUUUCCCUUGCAAGAGGUCUAACAACUAUUACCUCUUGUUUAUUUAUUAUAUUAGAAUUUUUUGAGAAA